AUGCCUCUCGCCUUCGCGAGCCCGCCCAUCUCGCUCAAUACUGCGCAUGCACUUGCGCUGUCAUUCGUUGGCUCGUAUGUCGGCUCACUUUAUAUCUCGAAGAAUGCACGCUUGUCUUUCAAGAAAGUCGUCGCACCCGAUCUUCGUGAAGGGGAGCAGCGCGCAAAAGAAGACGACGAACGCUGGCGGAAUGACCCCGAUGUGAUCCGCGCACGAGUAACUGCAGCUGGCCUCAGCACUGUAUCGAGCUGUGUCGUUGUUCUCGGAGUGGUCUGGGCGUUUGUCGGAUGGGAUAUGAAGGAAUUGCCUAUUGCCCUUGAGACUACCCUUACUCGCCUAGGUUUUGACACAGACCUUUCUCUAUCCCAGAUUGUCCUACCCUCUCUAGUCACUCCCGUGCUAUACGCUGGCCCUUUGUACGCGUAUUUUCUCGCGGGGAGGCUGCCAUUUCAACGCAGCUGGAGUUGGCGACGGUGCAUUGCUCCGAUUGUCACGACGUGGCAAGGCUGGCGAGACUUCAUUGUUGGUCCAACAACUGAAGAAGUUGUAUUUCGAGCAUGUACGCUAGCCGUCUAUCAACUUGCGGGUGCUUCGGUCUAUAUGAAGAUUUUUCUCCCACCCUUACUAUUUGGAUUAGCCCAUGUCCAUCAUGCAUGGGACAAAUUUAACCGCUUCGGACGCACGAAGGCUGCGGCCCAGCGAGCUAUAUUGGAAACAAUAUUCCAGUUGAUCUAUCAUUCCACCACUUACAUCUCACAUCUUCUGCAAUAUAAUGGGUUUGCCACAGCUCGGCCUUCAUCUAGCAAUAUUCCCGGGGCGUCGUACCGCGAUCAAGCUGGCGUAUUUACUUGGACUCCUUGGUUAUUGGUACACAAUGCGUAA